UACUCAGCUGAAAUUGCUGUGUUAAUAUAUAUCAAGGUAUGAAUGUAAGUAGGACAAGUGGUUGAAUUGUAGUGUAAUUUUAACAAGUAGUUGAGACUCCUGGUUGUCUCUACAUACUGUAUGUUUUACGUAGUAUACUUGUAGUCUUUCUGUGAGUCAGUCUACUAAAAUUUAGAGCAUUUGUUUUCUCUAACAAUAUUCCAGGUUUUUCACUAACUAUAGAUUCUAAGAACUUGUUUUUCAUUCAGUUUAAAAGUACCAGCAUGUGCUGCUUGGGCUUAGGCGACAUUCUAAACUUAGAGUCUAAACCCUUUACUCAGGUUACAAAAUCUACCUCGUUCUUUUCACUGACAUCCACACACUGAGCCAGUAACCCAGAGAGACACAGCUAACUCCAACAUCUCAGGCGCAUGGGACAGUUUAGCCUCUUUGUAUCACAUUCAACAGGCAAUGUGCUGCCAAACUACAACAGUUCAAGCUACUUUCAAAACAUUGGUUGCAUAGCUGUCUGCACUGACAUCUGCACAAACAUUUGCUCUGAUUUUGUUUUUAGUUAGCUCAAACACAAAAUUUCACCUGCAGAUAAACAAACUUUGAAAUUACAUUCCAAUGUAUUUAUUUAAUCUUUUAUUUUAAGAGAUUAUCAGGAUGAGUAUACCAGAAUUUUUUUAUAAAAAGAAAUGUCCUCAAGAAGUAAAGUCAAUGCAUAAUUCACACACUGGGCAUUCUCACAGCAAAACACUUGAUAUGGUAUUGAAGGCUCAGAGAGAUGCUGCAUGAGAGUUACGCUGAGAAAUGCCUCCUGGCUGUUUACAGCUGCUCAGACUCACAAGAUCUCCACAGAUUCAAUUAGAAUCUGACUGGGUUCUCUAUUUACAAAACACUAAGAUGAGUAAGAUUAUUCUGUAUAGAUAAAUACCCUCUUUGUUAAGCCCCGAGACAGAGACGGUAAUAGUGACAUGGAAACACAUUCAAUAUAGUUUAAACAAUCAGACAGUACAUUAAAAAAAGACUGAGAAAGAUUCAUCAAUAUGAUUCGAAAACACUACUUUUUUUUUUACAUCAUGCUAAACACUCAUAAUGCUAAAACAACAGGAUGACAGAACUCUACAAGGAUUUACUGAAGGUUGCAUCCUAAGAAACUCAUUCUUAACAUUCUCACCAAAAACUGAAACCUAAUAGCUGGAGUAUUGCUCAGUCAACACAUUUCCCCUAAAAACCAGUGGUUCCCAACUGGAAGACCAGUAAACUUCUAAGAAAGGGGCAUAAAAUGGUAAACUGAUUAUUUUUCCUCUCAACAUCAGUAGAUGUUAAGCAUUUGUACUGAAAAUUGCGAUUUUUAUUUUUUUCGUAGUCUUCAGAGAUUAUUCUUUAUUCUAGCUUUAAAAAGCUUACAGACUAUUUGGCCAGGUAGCAAGUUCAUCAUGAAGAAUGUCCUCAUUUUCUCAGUAAGUGAUCCAAAACAUCUUUGGUACAUAUUUAUUUAUUUGAUUUUUUUUUUUAAAUAAACAAUACCUUCAAAUCAUUAUGAUUGAGCAGUAUUGACUCAUUCAGUCUAUCUUUACACUGAUAGAAACCUAAACCUAAAGAGGGCUGCACUUUUUUGAAAGCCAGACAUGUUAUAAUGGCCAACCUGGAGCUAUCACCCCUAAUAUUACAACAUAUAGUACAAAAGUUAAAUUUAGAACCAGUAAAUAAAUAAAAAAUAAAAAAUCCAUGUUUACUUGCUAUGAGCAAUGGCCAUUAAUUCAGUGGGCCUUUUGUCCUCGUAUGUGAGAAUGCUGCUGCUCAUUUUCCACGAGAACCCCUGGCACAGAGAGGCACUGACCAGCCCACACAAACAUGCCAGCAGUGCUUCAGAGUGCUUCACUCAUCUGCCGAGUGGACGGAGAGAGGAAAGGGGAGAGUACAGAAUAGAUGGAAGUCAGAAAUGAGCAGUAGAGAGAGUGCGGUUUAUGCAGAAGAGGAAAAUGGAAAGGAAGAGAGAGAGGGAUAGGAGUGACUCCAUCGAUACGUGGAUCUACCAUCGAGGGGGCACUAUUGAAACUGAGUUUGAAGCUGGCUGUGUACAUUAUGGCAUGCUGCUGCAACUGCUGUCCGAUUCCGUGCCUCAGAAACUGCUUCUUGUUUUCAGCAAUAUCACCCGCUGAGUUUGAUGCCUUAUGGAAUGACCCUCCAUACGCUUUAGCAGCCGUCAGUGAACUCUUUUCGCCCAAUGACGCCAUGACAGCUGAUGAGGAAGCGGAGGCUGAGGCCGAGGUGGAGGCAGAAGACAUAAGCAGAGAGAUUUACUGGAUGAGGAAGGAAACAUUCAGCGGAAGCAGCACAGUAUCUUCAGCAGGAGAACGCUUCUCUCCAGAUGUUGUUUUGUUGUUUAGUGGGAGGCGACGAUCUGGUAUAGCACCUGACAGUGAGCUUCAGGAGGCGUUACGUACCAGACUCCGAGUAGUAGAGAGCAACAGCCAGGAUGUUGUCCAGCUCUUCAAGGAUCUGUCUGCAAGACUAGUGUCUGUUCAUGCAGAAAAAGACAGCUUUGUCAUCACUUUUAAGACUGUCGAGGAAAUUUGGAAGUUCUCUACUUACCUGGCACUCGGAUAUGUAGCAAGAUGUCUUGAAAACUUUCUCUGUGACCAGUCAUUCUGGCUGGACCCUGCAUUGCUAAGUGAUGUGGAGAUCUGUGUAACAGUGGACGAAGACCACUUAGCUACUCUUUACUUAGGACUCCUGCUACAGGAAGGUACAUUCUUUGCCAAGACCUUAUACAACAGUGAUUGCAAAGAGGAGGAAGAGGAGCUGACCUACAGGAGGAAUGACCUGGUGAUGGUUAAAGACGUAGGACAAGAGGCCAUGUGGGAGGGUACGCUGCUGUCCACGGGCCAACACGGUCUAGUGCCUGUGCAUGAUAUGCAGCCGCUGCCCUAUCCAUUUUAUCAGUGGUUCCUUAAGAAACAUCCCGGAAAUGCCGGAGGGAUUCCAGUUACAGAAGGCCUCUUUAAUCAUCCUGUUGUGGUGGGGACUUGUGUAGCAGUAGUGGACCAUUACCCAGUGGUUAAAGAUGAGCUACACUUACACAAGGGAGACAUAAUCAAGAUUGAGGGAUUUCUUUUCAGUACUCUGAACAUGUUCAUAGGAAGACACCUUACCAGUGGAGAGAUAGGAUUUGUUCACAAGGCCAGUGUAAAACCUCAGAGUAUUGAGCCUAUCGAUGGACAAUUGGUCUUUCUCAGUGAGGAGGAAAGGGCAGCCCUGUGUAAACUUAACCCCUGCUUUGAGCCCUGCCAGUCUGAUGUACUGGCAAAUCUUUUCUCCUCAGACAUAAGCACUGUGUAUAGACUGGAUAGACUUGAUGACUCUGAUUUCACUUACAUAAUAAAUCAUCCAAAGUCAGAGCAGAAAUCUACAGUCGAUCAAAGAAAGAGCACCAUAUCUGAGAAAAGUGAUGCAACUCCCUACCACUCGUCCCCACGGCAAUCAUUCUAUGCCUCUCGGAAUCAUCUGGACCAGGACUCUGAAGUCUUCUCCUUCAGCCUGGAGGACACCUUUAGAGAAAUGGAUGAAUAUGAGGAAGACCCUCCAAAUUUUAUGGAUGAGGGUAUCUGGGAGACUGAUGAAGCCGAGAGAUGUGAUCCGAUCCUGACCCUCCUAAAUCUGGAAUAUUUCCAGGACACAUUUCAAACUCUUUAUGACCUCUCCUACUCUUUCCUGGACACUUUCUUCCAUGGCCUUCCAGAGGAUGAGGUUCUUCAACAUCUGGAAAAUUUGCGAGAAGGAGCUAAGAAAAGGAGGAUGCUCUGGGCCCACCGGCGAGCCUGCUUCCUUCUUGGACGGCUAUGUGCCAAGAAACUGAAGUACUCGCAAGCACGAGUGUACUUUGAGGAGGCUCUAAAGGUCCCUGUAAAUGGUUUUGAUGACAAGCCACUUCUAAUUGCCCUGUAUACCAAUCUCACUGCAGUUUACCUCAAACAGAAGAUGAUGGACAAGCUACCAUUUACACUAGAGAAGGCAAGUGCUCUAAUUAUGUGCCUUCCUUGCCACAAAUUCUGCUCUGUGGAUGAGUUUGAGCUGCUCAAACCAAUCAUGCGCAAAGCCAUAGUUGAAAAAGACAAGUACUUAGAGGCACGGACAUGCUACCUCUCCCUCUGUCUCUUUCUCAGUCUAAGAAAAAUAGAGGAUGCUUUACCUUUUGUAGAGAGACUUCAGUUACUUACCAUAACACUGUCUGUGGAAGAAGGGAGGCCAGUUGCCCCUGUUGAUCUCAAUUGGAUACUGUGCAGGCUUUAUCAUAAAAAGUAUUUGCCCUACCUCACACUAGCUUCUUUAAGUUUAGACUCAGGGCAAGAGCAUUCCUUGGAUGAUGCAUUCCAGAAAAUUGAACUCUUUAUCAAAAACUCAGCCAGGCUUAAUCCUCACUGGAAGGAAAGUACUUCAGAGCUUCCUGCACAGGUGGUGGUCUACCUUCAGCAGGCCCUGUCAAUAGCUUGUCAAGGGGAAGACUUGAGGACUCAGCGGGACCUGUGCCUAAGCCUGGCUAGUGUUUACCAGCAGCAUGGAGCUUUAGAGAAGGCUGUGCCCUUUGCCCAACAAGCAGCACAGACUGGAAGUCAAAUUAAUGAAGAGGAGGGCUUUGAGGCAUCCAUACUGCUGGCCUGGCUACUGGUGCUAACGGAGGAAGCCAUGCAAGCUCAGAAUACUCUGGAACCUAUGCUUAAAUCUUUGGAUGAAACAGACAGUCCGACGCAGCGUGGUGUAGUCUACAACCUUCUAGCCCUAUGCCUCCGCAAACAGGGCAGAGUCCAGGAGGCAGCAAGAAACUUUUAUUGCGCUCUGCAGAUCUCCCGAGAGAAUGGGAUCAAGCGUAAUGAAGCACUCGCGCUGGCAAACUUGGGCUGCUUGUCUCUAUCUGUCGGGGCUUCGGGCCUAGCAGAGUGUUUCUUGCUAAAUUCCUUGCACCUAUUCCAGUUUCUCUCAGAGAGCCCCACAGAUCAGGAGCAUGUCCAGGCUUUGCUUUGGCUCGGCAGGAGCUACAACGAUAGAGGAGGGAGUCUGAAAGUCAGACUAUGCUUUGAGAUGGGCCUCCUUAUUGCUAUUAGUGCCAACAAUCUGCACAGUCAAAUGGUUGUGGCAAAAGUUCUAAGUCGGCAUUACGCUGACUUGCUGCUGUAUGGACAGUGUAUUGUUUACUAUGAGCACUGUGUGGGGCUGUGCAGAACGCUUAAGAAUAAACAGCUAGAAGGAGAGUACCUGGAACUUCUCAGCAACCUCUAUCUCUCACUCAACACUGAGAAGUCAUCAAGGAAGUCUCUUGAUUAUUCAAAGCAAAGCUUAAGGAUCUCCAUAGACCUGGGGAAAAGACAAGAAGAGUCUGAGACAUGGCUUCAAGUGGGCCGUAUCUACUAUCUGAUCUAUGAAGAUGAACUGGCUGACAUGUAUCUACAGGCAGCAGUCAAGACUGCCCUGAGGAUGAAUGAACCAUGCUUUGCUAUGAGCAUUUAUGAGGAAGCAGGAGAUGUGUUCUUCAAAGGGCACAGAAAUCAACUGGCUGCACUACCAUUUUACAGGGAUGGGAGUUUGCCAUUUGCACGCAGCAUAAAAGAUGUGCACUCAGAGUUCAGGCUGUUGAGCAAGCUCACAGAGCUCCUGAUGAAGCAGAAGCAGUACGAGGAGGCACUGCAAUAUGCCACACUCGCAGUGCAAGUCAGCGCCACAACUGGUGUUCCUCUGAAUGAGAGAGUGUCCUUCCAUCGUCUUGCAUCAGUGCACUUCUCUUUAGGGAAGUAUGAGAUGGCUGAGAACUACUACCUUAAAUCUCUUUCACUCUGCCCCACUGCUCUUGAACAUGCCAUUGAAGUUCGGUACUAUGUUAAAGUGUACUGCAGACUGGCUGAUCUGACCCUACACAGAUUAAAGGAUGCAUUCGAUGCCAUGGGCUACUUCCACUUAGCCCUGGCGGCAGCUCUGGAGGACAAAGAAAGCUUAAGCACAUUGUACAUAAUCUACAUGAAGCUUGCAGAGAUCCAUGCCAACUACAUACCCGAUGCUGAACUGAGUAAAAGCUACAUGGAAAGAGCGCAGAGUUUGAGGAAGGAACUGGCAGGAUACACAGACUCUUGUGACACAGAAGAAACACAUCAGGACCCAGCUGAGGCUGAGGCAGAGCCUGACACUCCCACCAAAGAUCAGUCAGACUCCAGCAGGGGUAGUACUCUGACCGAGUCCAGCAUGACCAACACCAGCCUCAAAAUCGAUGCAGAGUCUGAGCACAUACUUUCUAACACAAGCCACCAAGACGACCCGAACACUAACGUAUCGGUGUAAACAGACACAGGGCCUCCUGAUCAAAUCAAGGGACUAGCAGUUUGAAGGAAGGCUUGACUGGUGUAUUGUGAAUCAGAAACAGUUCUAUCACUCUGAAAAAUGAAAUAAGACAGUUUUUUUCCUUUUUUUUAAAGUA